AUGGCCAACGAAUCGAAUGUCGUCGAUCUCAAGAGGCAGCGCACGAUGAUAAAGAGUGCGUGCACUCGAAUCAGAACGUAUGUAGAUUCUAUUUCCGCGGUUAGUCCGUCUAUAAUCGCGCAGCUUGAAGAGCGUAAAUCAAAAUUGGAAUAUUAUUGGUCGGAGUAUAGUCUGAUACAGUCGCGCAUAGAAUCUUUAGCGGAGGCUGAAGGGGCGGACCGAACAAGUUUCGAGGAGGCCUUUUAUGCUCUAUCCGCCAAAAUUAGAGAGCUCACCUCUCCCGUGUUGACAGCGCGAUCCUCCAUUUUUUCCCCGUCCUCUUCAAGUAACAACGACUCGGAAGUUGCACGCGUUCGAUUGCCUAAGCUGAAUCUACCAACAUUUUCCGGGAAAUACGAUGAGUGGUUUCCAUUCUUCGACACUUUUAACUCGAUCAUACAUUCCAAUACCGCACUUAGCGAUAGUCAGCGGUUUCAAUACUUGCGGGCGUCUCUCACUGGUGAUGCGAGCGCUAUAAUCAAUUCAUUAGAAAUUUCCGACGCAAACUAUGAUGUGGCUUGGUCUAUCCUUAAGCAACGUUAUGACAACAAGCGCGUUAUUGUACAAACUCACGUCAAGGCCAUAAUGGAAUUACCAGCCAUGGCGAAGGAAAAUUCUAUUGAUUUGAGGAAGAUAUCAGACGGCGCCACAAAACACUUGCAUGCAUUACGGGCUCUCAAGCGUCCAACCUCUCAUUGGGAUGAUCUUCUCAUCACUAUUCUAAGCUCUAAGUUAGAUUCAUUUACGUUACGCGAAUGGAAAUCAUCAUUAAUGGGAAACGAUUUACCAGCACUAAAGCAAUUUCUAGAGUUCAUUUCUCACCGGUGUCAAGUCCUUGAGGCCACCGGUAAGAGCAACGGCAUUAAUUCAAAGAAGUCCGAUAUAAAGACACAACCGAGCACUAAACGCCAAUCCGCGUGCGCGGCCACAGUCAAAUCGAAAUGCCAUUUCUGUCAAGGCGAGCAUGCUAUCUACUACUGCAAGGAUUUUGUGGCGUUGCCGGUCGUUCAAAGAAUUUCGGAGAUUCGUAGUCGCAAGCUAUGCGUCAAUUGCCUACGAUCUUCAUUUCACACUUCCAGUAAAUGCACUUCAGGAUCUUGUAAGGUUUGUCACGCUAAGCAUAAUACGUUGCUCCAUGCAACCGAGGUCACAGCAUCGUCAACGAACAAUGCCGAGAAUAACGAUUCUUCAAAGGCAGCUAAUUCUCCUUCGGUGGUGGCGACACACGCGUCUGGAGUUAUCAAUAGCGAUCAGGUCAUACUGUCGACUGCUUCAGUAUACGCUUGCGACAACAAAGGUUCGCGCAAACCAUGUCGCCGCGUAUUACUCGAUUGCGGUUCACAGGCAAAUUUUGUUUCGAAGCGACUCGUAAGAAAUCUCGGGUUGGAAACACGGCCUUUGAAUGUGUCAAUCUCAGGAGUCAACGGAACAGUGGCUAUAUCCAAUCAAGUCGCUCGGGUGAGGUUAGAGUCACGCUCGAGUUCAUUUACAACGGUGAUUGAGUGCAUAGUUAGUGAUCAGGUAACCGAUAAAAUUCCAGCCGUCUCUUUGAGGCGCGACACUUUCGAACUCCCGCGCAAUCUUCAAUUAGCCGACCCGCAGUUUCAUCUAUCAGCAGAUAUCGAUCUGUUGAUUGGUGCAGAACUGUUUUGGGACCUACUUUGCGUCGGGCAAAUAAAGUCAUCAGAAAAACACCCGACUCUUCAGAAGACGCGUUUAGGAUGGAUAUUAGCAGGCCGUCUAGCUAACAAUACGCAACCGAACUCGAAGAUUCAUUCAUUGCAUGCUUCUAUCACGAAUGCUCAAUUACACGAUCAAGUCAGUCGGUUCUGGCAAAUGGAUAGCGUGUCCGCGGAACUGAAUAGCUACACUAAAGAGGAAGGCCUUUGCGAGCAUCAUUUCUUAGAGAAUGUAUCGCAGAACCCCGAGGGUAAGUGCAUUGUCAAGCUUCCAGUUAGAGAGGAGGUCGUCGAAAGGUUGGGGGAUUCGCGAGACAUCGCAUUGAAGCGACUGAGAAACCUUGAACGGCGUUUCAAGCAUAACCCCGAGCUUAAACUUCAAUACACGAAAUUUCUCGACGAGUAUCUCUCGUUAGGCCAUAUGCGAAUAACAGAUCCGACUCUGACUCACGAACCGAUAUCAUUCUAUCUUCCUCACCACUGUGUUUUUAAAACAGUCAAUGAUGUAUCAAAAAUUAGAGUAGUCUUCGACGCAUCGUGUCGCACUGAUUCCGGCGUUUCAUUGAAUGACGCGUUACUGGUAGGACCGGUUGUCCAACAAGAAUUAAUAUUAAUACUAAUGCGUUUCCGUUUUUUCAUUUACACGAUUACCGCUGACAUCAUCAAGAUGUAUCGGCAAGUGUUGAUACAUCCGUCCCAAAUGUCCUUGCAAAGGAUUUUGUGGCGCACAGACCCAACGUCUGAAGUUCACGCUUAUGAGUUGACUACGGUUACUUACGGCACCGCUCCAGCUUCAUAUUUAGCUACGAGGUGUCUCAAGCACCUAGCUGAGCGGUACGCGUCUCAAUUUCCCCGCGGUUCCGCUUGCGUUAUACGGGAUUUCUAUGUUGACGACUUGCUCACCGGCGCGGACACGAUUGAUGAAUUAAAACUAAUUAAGGAAGAAACGGUUCAAUUACUGAAGUUGGGAUCGUUCGAGUUGAGUAAAUGGGCGACGAACUGCCCUACGUUAUUAGAAACUAGCGAUUCCGAUUCCGAUCUGAUCGACAUUCGAGAUGAUGCUAUCGAUCCAUGUAUUCUAGGGAUGCACUGGAACCAGUGCCGGGAUACGUUUCAAUUUUCCUGCAAUUUCGAAACCAACGAUCUCGUGUCUAAGCGAGUUAUAUUAUCGGACAUCGCCAAGUUGUUCGACCCUUUGGACAUCUUGGGGCCUGUUAUUGUUAUCGCAAAACUCAUCCUCCAAGAGUUAUGGCAAUUAGACGUUCAUUGGGAUGAGUCAGUUCCCCAAAGUAUUCACACACGUUGGCUUGAGUUCAAGGUACAGUUAGAAGUUCUAAAUCAGCUUCAAAUUCCGCGAUGCGUCAAGCCGUCUUCUUAUUCACAAAUAGUACAAUUACACGGCUUUUGUGACGCUAGCCAGUCGGCUUAUGGAGCUUGCGUAUACGUGCGUACUAGGCUUGGUCCGGAGGAAUAUCAUUCUUCACUUUUAUGUUCAAAGUCACGCGUUGCUCCUCUCAAGGCCGUAUCUUUGCCAAGGCUGGAAUUGUCGGCUGCCUUGCUAUUAGCGCGUUUAAUAGACAGGGUCAGAGAAUCUUUGAGUUCGUUACAGCUGCAAAUGCAUCUAUGGUCUAACUCAACUAUCACCUUGAACUGGAUAGCCUCUGCAUCACGACGAUGGUCGGUUUUCGUGGCCAACAGGGUGGGCGAAAUACAACGUUUAACCCAAAUUGAAUCUUGGCGUCACAUCUCUUCCGUGGACAACCCGGCCGAUGUAUUAUCCCGAGGUUUGAAUCCCCACGAUUUAAUCAGCAAUGCGAAAUGGUGGAGCGGACCUAACUUUCUCAAGCAAGACGACAGUCAAUGGCCGUCCGGCGAGUUUACUCAACUCCAUGAUAACCUUCCCGAGCAGAAAAGGGUUCUCGCAACUACUUCGUCAAUCAGCCCAUGUGUUAUCAGCACGUUAUUAGACAAAUAUUCCAGUUUGAAUAAAAUCUGCCGUGUCGUAUCAUAUUGUUUAAGAUUUACCAAAGCACACCGUUCAUAUGCGACAUCCGAAUUUGUAUCUCCCUCCGAAUUAUCGAAAGCUCUAGUUUAUAUUUGCAGAACAAUACAAAGACGCGCCUUUCCAAACGAAUUCCGAGCUUUAGCUAAGGGCGACGAUGUCGGCACCUCUAGUGCAAUCUUAUCAUUAUCUCCUUUUCUCGAUGAUAACGGCGUAAUUCGAGUCGGCGGUAGAUUAAAAAACUCUGACUUAAGCUUCGAUGCUUGUCACCCGAUAUUACUUCCUCGUAAACACAUAUUAACUCAGCGCAUUGUAGAACAGGAGCAUGUGCGAAACAUGCACGCAGGACUGCAAGCCACGAUGGCCUCUGUCCGGCAAAGGUUCUGGCCGAUUUCGUUAAGGUCUACAGUACGUAAAAGUAUACAAGGAUGCAUAACAUGUUUUCGAGCCAAGCCGAUUUUUUCAGAGGCCAUCAUGGGUUCUUUACCGUCUGCCCGCGUGAGGGCAUCUAGGCCAUUUUCCCACUGCGGCGUGGACUACGCUGGUCCAAUGUUGUUACGCGAAGGUAGGCGUCGUAACGCACGAAGCAGCAAGGCUUAUGUCUCACUUUUUGUGUGUUUUGCAACAAAGGCGAUCCAUUUGGAGUUAGUAAGUAGUCUUACUUCCGAAGCGUUUAUUGCCGCCUUUAAGCGUUUUAUAGCUCGCAGGGGCAAACCCGCACAUAUGUACUCUGACAAUGAAACCACCUUUGUAGGCGCUCGAAAAAUAAUUAAGGAGUUGUACGACGUUAUUAAUGACCAAGAAACUCAGGGUCAGAUUAAGCGCUUUUUAUGCGAACAAGACAUCGAUUGGAGCUUCAUACCCCCUAAUGCUCCCCACUUCGGUGGAUUGUGGGAGGCGGGCGUGAAGUCAGUUAAGCAUCAUUUGACGCAUCGUAGGUAA